CAUUUUUCAGUGCUGAGAAGUUUAGUCGGAUAGAAGUUGUAAAACCCAUAGUUUUAUACAGUGAUUAUUUAAUUAAUUGUUGAAAUUCGGCAAAAACGUUGUAUACCUAUGAGGGCGAAGUUUUUUUUUUAGUGACUGGAAUGAACGCAAAUGAUAUGUUAACGGAAACACGAAUUAAGAUUCUAUAGAAAGCUCGACUGAAACAUUUCUCUAAAUUCCACAUCUCGAGCCAAUAAAAAGUGGUCAUGCAAUCAAAAUAUUACACAACGAAUUCAGCCAAUCAAAUUGAAAAUCAAAUCAAUCAGCAGAUGCAAGCUUAAAAGAGUAGAAAUUUUCUUGUGCUUGUGAAGGUGUGGUCACUGGAUGCUAAAUUGGAUCCAGCCAGCGGUCGCCAUAUUGCAAAAAGUGAAAAGAUGUUGGGCAGAAAGCAGAGUAUCAAAGGCGAAUCCAUACUGGCAGAUUAUGGCCCGGAAGAAUCUCUCAACGAAAGUGCCGAUAUCGAAUGGGUUAACAAGCUAUGGGUUCGUCGAUUGAUGCGUUUGUGCGCAUUGGUAUCGCUCACAUCGGUAUCAAUGAAUACGCCAAAAACAUUCGAAAGAUACCCGUUUCUACAGUACUUCACAUUAUGCAGCGAUAUCGUAGUCACCCUGCUGUUCACGGCAGAAAUGAUCGCCAAAAUCCACAUACGGGGAUUGUUGAGGGGAGAAGCCCCAUACCUGAAAGAUCAUUGGUGCCAGUUCGAUGCUUCCAUGGUGUUCUUCCUCUGGGCGUCUGUAGUGCUGCAUAUUUUCGAAAUGCUUGGUAUAUUGCCAAAGUUUCACUACCUCACCAUCCUUCGAGCACCGCGACCACUGAUAAUGAUUCGCUUCCUGAGAGUCUUCCUUAAGUUUUCGAUGCCAAAAAGUCGGAUCAAUCAAAUAUUCAAACGAUCUAGCCAACAGAUCUACAAUGUCACAUUGUUUUUCCUGUUUUUCAUGUCUUUGUAUGGGUUACUGGGAGUACAAUUCUUUGGCGAACUGAAGAAUCAUUGCGUUCUCAAUACCACUGAACCAGAAGGUCUCACGAUCAACUCACUGGCCAUUCCGGACACGUUCUGUUCGACAGAUCCUGACUCUGGAUAUCAAUGCCCCACCGGUAUGAAAUGCAUGAAAAUGGACUUUCUCUCCAAUUACGUACAAGGAUUUAAUGGAUUCGAGGAUAUAGCUACAAGCAUUUUCACAGUUUACCAGGCAGCAUCCCAGGAGGGAUGGGUUUUCAUAAUGUACCGUGCCAUAGAUAGUCUUCCAGCUUGGCGAGCCGCAUUCUACUUUAGUACGAUGAUCUUUUUCCUGGCGUGGUUGGUUAAGAACGUUUUCAUCGCUGUCAUCACCGAAACGUUCAACGAAAUUAGAGUUCAAUUUCAGCAGAUGUGGGGAGUACGGGGACACAUUCAAAAUAGCACAGCUUCACAAACCAUAACCGGAGACGAUACCGGUUGGAAGCUUAUCACCAUCGACGAAAACAAACACGGUGGUUUGGCUAACGAAACCUGUCACACUAUAUUGAAGUCUCCCUACUUUAGGCUGCUGGUGAUGUCUACAAUUUUAGCAAAUGGAAUUGUGACGGCUACUAUGCACUUUAAACACGACGGAAGGCCGAGACAAGUUUUCUACGAGAAAUAUUACUACAUAGAAAUGACGUUUACCUUCUUACUGGACCUGGAAACAUUGUUCAAAAUCUAUUGCCUAGGCUGGAGGGGAUAUUUCAAGCAUUCGAUUCACAAAUUUGAAUUGCUACUAGCUAUUGGGACAAGCCUUCACAUCAUUCCCGGACUUUAUCUCUCUGGGUUCACCUAUUUUCAAGUACUUCGAGUGGUGCGUCUGAUCAAAGCAUCACCAAUGUUGGAAGGUUUUGUAUAUAAGAUCUUUGGUCCUGGCAAAAAACUUGGCUCACUGAUCAUCUUCACCAUGUGCUUGCUAAUUAUUAGUUCCAGUAUUUCGAUGCAACUAUUCUGCUUUCUUUGUGACUACACCAAGUUUGAAAGCUUUCCGGAUGCAUUUAUGUCUAUGUUUCAAAUCCUGACACAAGAAGCCUGGGUUGAAGUUAUGGACGAAACCAUGAUACGUACGAGUAAAACACUGACUCCAUUGGUUGCCGUAUACUUCAUACUGUAUCACUUGUUCGUCACUCUGAUUGUGUUGAGUUUGUUCGUGGCGGUCAUUUUGGACAACUUGGAGUUGGACGAAGACAUAAAAAAGCUAAAACAGUUGAAAUUUCGCGAGCAGAGUGCAGAAAUCAAAGAAACACUUCCUUUUAGACUGAGAGUGUUUGAAAAGUUCCCAGACUCACCGCAGAUGACAAUCCUGCACAAAAUUCCCAACGAUUUCACAUUGCCGAAGGUUCGUGAAUCUUUCAUGAAGCAGUUUGUGAUUGAUAUGGACCCAGAAGAUCCAUCGUUAAUCGAGGGCUACAAGCGUCCAGUAUCGGAAUGUUGGGAGUCGAAGGUGGUCUAUCGAAAGCAGAAACCGGUCAACGUGAUGAAUAAAACGGCCAAAGUUCGAUCGGUGGGAAAUAGUUUGAGGAAGAUGGCAAUUACACACAUAAUCAAUGAUUCAAACAACCAACGGCUAAUGCUAGGCGAUUCAGCAAUAAUUCCUGUCGCGGGAGCCAAAUCCGGUCUCAAAUCACAAGGCACCAUAACGCAACACAAACCAUGGAGAAUGGAUCAGAAGAAGUUUGGUUCCAGGUCGAUCCGACGCAGCGUGCGUAGCGGUUCGAUAAAAUUAAAACAAACCUACGAACAUCUUAUGGAAAACGGAGACAUCGGUGGUACGGGUCGAGUAACAUCUUCCCGAGCGAGACCACAUGAUUUGGACAUAAAAAUUUUACAAGCAAAACGACAGCAAGCGGAGAUGAGAAGAAACCAACGAGAGGAAGAUCUACGAGAAAAUCAUCCAUUUUUCGAUACACCUCUUUUUGCAGUGCCGAGAGAAAGUAAAUUCCGGAAAAUUUGCCAACGAAUCGUUCACGGCCGGUACGACGCGAGACUUAAGGAUCCACUGACUGGCAACGAGAGAAAAGUGCAAUACAAGAGCAUGCACAAUUUCCUCGGCCUUGUGACCUAUCUCGACUGGGUGAUGAUCUUUGUGACGACACUUUCCUGCAUAUCGAUGAUGUUUGAAACUCCGCAGUACAGGGUGAUGGAACAGGUGACACUACAACUCGCCGAAUAUAUUUUCGUCAUAUUCAUGAGCCUCGAGUUGGCACUUAAAAUACUGGCAGAUGGAUUGUUCUUCACCCCCAAGGCCUACAUCAAGGAUGUAGCAUCGGUGUUGGAUGUUUUUAUUUACAUUGUAUCGCUUUCAUUUAUAAUAUGGAUGCCUCGUCAAGUGCCUAGUAGUUCAUCUGCUCAGCUUUUAAUGAUCUUACGUUGUUUGAAACCGUUGCGUAUAUUUACACUGGUGCCACACAUGCGUAAAGUUGUGUAUGAACUUUGUCGUGGCUUCAAGGAGAUAUUACUCGUAUCGACAUUGCUGAUUCUGCUGAUGUUUAUUUUCGCUAGCUACGGAGUACAACUCUAUGGAGGCCGUUUAGCACGAUGCAAUGAUCCAACGAUCAUCAAGCGAGAAGAUUGUGUCGGCGUGUUCAUGAGACGGGUAUUCGUAACAAAGAUGAAACUAACUCCUGGCGUAAACGAGUCGUACCCGGCAAUGCUUGUGCCACGAGUAUGGGCCAAUCCAAGAAGAUUCAACUUCGAUAACAUUGGAGAUGCCAUGCUGGCACUGUUUGAAGUCCUGUCCUACAAGGGUUGGAUUGAUGUUAGAGAUGUUCUCAUCAAAGCACUUGGUCCAGUUCACGCAAUCUAUAUUCAUGUGUACAUUUUCCUUGGUUGUAUGAUUGGAUUGACGCUGUUUGUAGGUGUAGUGAUUGCCAACUAUUCUGAGAACAAGGGAACAGCACUGCUUACCGUAGAUCAGCGCCGAUGGUGCGAUCUGAAGAAGAGAUUGAAGAUUGCCCAACCUCUUCAUUUGCCCCCUCGUCCUGAUGGACGUAAAUUCCGCGCUUUUGUGUACGACAUAACUCAACAUAUAGCGUUUAAGCGGUGCAUUGCUGUGGUGGUGUUAGUUAACAGUAUGCUUCUAUCAAUAACGUGGACAAAAGACGAAGUUCAUACGGAGCGGCUGGUAAUCGUGAGCACGUUCCUCACAUUCGUUUUUGUUAUAGAAGUAGUCAUGAAAAACAUCGCCUUCACACCUAGAGGAUACUGGCAGUCUAGACGUAAUCGAUACGACCUAUUGGUGACAGUGGCAGGAGUAGUAUGGAUUUUCCUCCAAACAACACUGAGAAGCGACCUAUCAUAUUUCAUUGGUUUUAUGGUUGUCAUAUUGAGAUUUUUCACAAUAACUGGCAAGCAUACGACCUUGAAAAUGUUGAUGCUCACGGUCGGUGUAUCAGUGUGCAAGUCGUUCUUCAUCAUCUUCGGAAUGUUUCUGCUAGUGUUCUUCUAUGCGCUAGCAGGGACGAUUCUGUUCGGUACAGUAAAAUACGGCGAGGGAAUCGGGCGCCGAGCAAACUUCGGCACACCCGUCGCAGGAGUGGCAAUGUUGUUCCGUAUUGUCACCGGCGAGGACUGGAACAAAAUCAUGCAUGACUGUAUGGUUCAGCCUCCCUACUGUACACCGGCUGCCAACUAUUGGGAAACAGACUGCGGAAAUUUCACCGCGAGCUUGAUCUAUUUCUGCACUUUCUACGUUAUUAUUACCUACAUAGUACUGAAUCUACUAGUCGCUAUUAUUAUGGAGAACUUUUCGUUAUUCUAUUCGAACGAGGAGGAUGCCCUUUUAUCUUACGCUGAUAUAAGAAAUUUCCAAAAUACGUGGAACAUCGUAGAUAUACACCAACGAGGAGUCAUACCGGUUAGAAGGGUUAAGUUUAUCCUACGACUACUGAAGGGAAGACUAGAGUGCGAUCCUCAAAAGGAUCGACUUCUUUUCAAGUACAUGUGCUACGAGCUCGAUAAACUGCACAACGGAGAAGAUGUAACGUUCCACGAUGUUAUCAACAUGCUAUCGUAUCGUUCUGUGGAUAUACGAAAAGCGUUACAGUUGGAAGAACUACUGGCACGUGAGGAAUUUGAAUACAUUAUCGAAGAAGAAGUUGCCAAACAAACCAUUCGAACGUGGCUUGAGGGAUGUCUUAAGAAAAUUCGAGCCAAUAACCAGAAAGCACAUAAUCCACUAAUUGCUGGAUUGCGAGCUACAAACGAUAACAUUCAGAAGCAGCAGCAACAACAGCAACAGCAAAACCAGCAACAGGAUCAAGUAGAAGAGCCCAUCGCAAGCAAAGAAGUAAACCCAGAGACGGAAUCAGCAGAACAAGCCGCAAAGGAGAUAGAAAACAACGCAAAGAACCGAAAGAAAAAUCAAAACAAUUUGAUCCGAUCAGAUUCUACCGGAAGUACUAGCGGGCGCAAGUUCCUGGCGCCGACUCUAUCCGAUCCACAAGCCAAAAACGAAAAGGAUCGAUACAUGACUAAGAAGAAAUCCCAACGACAGCAAGGUUCGAGUACAAAAACUAUAACCCAGAUCAACGAACUGAACCACAGUCAUACGUUGCAUCAACAUUACCACCACUUGACUCACGGAGGCGAUAUGCAACAGAGUAGCAAUAGUAAAGUAGGUCACCCGCAUAUUAGUAUGGUCUACGAAGUACACGACUGGUGGCAAGAGCAAGUAAUUUGUUCGCACAGUGACGACGAAGAUGUUUAGUAUAAACUUCUUUUAUUUUUGUACAAUAAGAAAUGCAGAUUCAUAAUCGUUGAUGAUUGUUACCCACCUUUUUACUUCAUGCGUCCCUGUUGAUAGUAACACUGAAAGUUGGAUUGCACAAAGGAAGAUUCUUUUUUAUGAGUGUUUCAAUGGUUUUAGCCAAUUUUAUACAUUUUUUUUAUAUCUAGGGCAUAGAAGUAUUAUGUAGCUACUAUGUUCUAUAUAGAUUGAAAUGCAUAGUGAUACAGGAAAUAAAACUAAUUGUUGAACUUGUAUUGUUUUCAUGCAUUGAUCAGAUGGGAAAUUCACUGAGUGUCAAGAAAAAGAAUAACCCGCGUAAUUCUGAAACAAUUUUCCUUUAGUCAAUCAAAUUUGAUGGAAUAAUUUGCAAAAUAUGGAACACCGCAUCUAAGACAGUACACAAGAAACAUUGUAUUAGACUGAGAAAAUAGUU